CUCUUCUGCUCUGCGUUACAGGCAGCUGAACUGGGAAUGGUGUCAGCCUAUUAUACAUACAUCUUCACUAAUCUGGAAUUUUCUCUCCGGCAACUGGACAGCCUUAUGGAUGAUCGAGUGAACAUCAUGGGGUUUUCUAUCUUCAACCAGUCCCACCCUUUCUUCCAGGAAUUUGCAGAGAGUCUCAACCAGUCAUGGCUAGAGAAUUGUGACCAUAUUCCUUUUACUGGACCAGCACUGUCUUCUGCCUUGUUGUUCGAUGCAGUCUAUGCUGUGGUCAGCGCAGUACAAGAGCUGAACCGGAGCCAGGAAAUUGGCGUGAAACCCUUGUCUUGUGGAUCUGCCCAAAUCUGGCAACAUGGCACAAGUUUGAUGAACUACCUCAGAAUGGUAGAAUUGGAAGGUCUCACUGGCCACAUAGAAUUCAACAGCAAAGGUCAACGGUCAAACUAUGCUCUGAAAAUCCUGCAGUAUACCAGGAAUGGCUUCAGACAGAUCGGUCACUGGCACGUUACGAAAGGCCUUUCGAUGGAUAAUCAGAUCUUCUCUACCAAUGUGUCAGAGAGCCUCUUCAACACCACACUUCUGGUCACCACCAUCCUGGAAAACCCUUAUUUAAUGCUCAAGGGCAACCAUCAAGAGCUGGAAGGGAAUGACCGCUACGAAGGCUUCUGCGUGGACAUGCUCAAGGAGCUUGCAGAUAUUUUGCACUUCAACUACAAGAUCCACCUGGUGGGAGAUGGCGUGUACGGAGUUCCUGAGACUAACGGAACGUGGACUGGCAUGGUUGGAGAACUGAUUGCUCGGAAAGCUGAUUUGGCAGUAGCUGGCCUGACCAUUACAGCAGAGCGAGAGAAGGUGAUUGAUUUCUCAAAGCCGUUCAUGACUCUGGGGAUCAGCAUCCUCUAUCGCGUUCACCUGGGGCGCAAGCCUGGCUAUUUCUCUUUUCUGGAUCCUUUUUCUCCCGGGGUUUGGCUCUUCAUGUUACUUGCCUACCUUGCCGUCAGCUGUGUCCUCUUCUUGGUGGCUAGAUUGACACCCUAUGAGUGGUACAGCCCCCAUCCCUGUUCUCAAGGACGAUGCAAUCUACUGGUAAAUCAGUAUUCUCUGGGCAACAGCCUGUGGUUUCCUGUCGGUGGAUUCAUGCAACAGGGAUCCACAAUUGCCCCACGAGCUUUGUCCACCCGCUGUGUCAGUGGAGUCUGGUGGGCUUUUACCUUGAUCAUCAUCUCCUCCUACACAGCUAACCUGGCAGCCUUUCUCACCGUGCAACGCAUGGACGUGCCCAUUGAAUCCGUUGACGAUCUGGCUGACCAGACGGCUAUUGAGUACGGCACAAUCCACGGAGGCUCCAGCAUGACGUUUUUCCAAAACUCGCGGUACCAGACAUAUCAGAGAAUGUGGAAUUACAUGUACUCUAAGCAGCCGAGCGUCUUUGUUAAAAGCACGGAAGAAGGGAUCGCACGGGUGCUCAACUCGAACUAUGCGUUCCUGCUGGAGUCCACCAUGAACGAGUAUUACCGCCAGCGCAAUUGCAACCUCACCCAGGUCGGGGGCCUUCUGGACACCAAGGGCUACGGGAUUGGCAUGCCAGUCGGUUCUGCUUUCCGCGAUGAGUUUGACUUGGCCAUUCUCCAGCUACAGGAGACCAACCGUCUGGAAAUUCUGAAGCGAAAAUGGUGGGAGGGCGGACAGUGUCCGAAAGAAGAAGACCAUCGAGCCAAGGGUCUAGGAAUGGAGAAUAUAGGUGGAAUCUUUGUGGUUCUGAUUUGCGGUUUAAUCGUAGCGAUUUUUAUGGCAAUGCUGGAGUUCUUGUGGAGUCUCCGACACUCUGAACAUUCUGAAAUAUCAGCCUGCCAGGAGAUGGUGUCAGAAUUGCGUAGCAUCAUUCUCUGCAAGGACAGCUUUCACCCCCGUCAAAGGAGAGGGGCUAUUCUUCGGACUCGCCCCAUUAUACAAGAAGACCGAAGAGCCCGCCCGACUACCACUACCACCCUCAGUAAUGGCAAACUCUGUGGUGGUGGGGACCCUGACCAGCUAGCACAGAGGCUUGCCCAAGAAGCUGCCCUGGUUGCUCGAGGUUGCACACACAUCCGGGUGUGUCCCGAAUGCCGGAGAUUUCAAGGUCUUCGUAUCCGGCCUGGACCCGAUUCCCUUGUGCAAAGUGAUGAGAGUUUGGAAUGGGAGAAAGUGACAAACAGCAGUGAGCCUGAAUAAAGCAGGGGAGUUGUCAAAACAGAAGCUAAUGUUCCAUUUUACAGAACAUGAGACUUGUACACAGUGUUGAACUAUUUUUAAAUUAAUAAAGUGGCAUCCCAGCUUCUUGAGAGCAUAUCAAAGCUUUAGGCUGGGACUGAGCCCAACGGCAGCAUUGUUACUUGUUGUAUCUGAGAGUCUCUAAUGUUCUUCCUUCUACAAGUCCUGGGUGAAAGCCCUCCCAGCUAAACUGGGAGAAUGCUUUCUCAGGAUGUUGCUUCUAUGGAAUUUGAGGUAUGGGAUGUGAAAAAGGCAAAACAUUAUUGAAAGAAAGCUCAUUAAACUCACACAUAUUACACCGGGGGGGGGAUUAUACCACCCUAUGGACAUUGUUAAACUGAUGAGAGAGUUACUUUCUAUUAGAAAGGGAGAAUAAUCCACUUUAGUUUUGGGACGUCAAGAUUAUAUCAACACAUCUGAGCGGAGAUAAUCAAAGUCCUAGCUUUGCAGCAGGUAAGUAAGAAAAGGAGGAUCCUGGAAAACAGAUGUCUUACCUACGAGUUCAUGAAAGGGAGGUCUAGUCCAAGAAGUACAAAUAGGAAAAAGCAUCCAGCCAACUAAACUCAGAGAUUUUAAGAUGACUAUGUUUUUUUUUCUUCAUUCUUUCUUAAAAGCUAUGCUUAAUAGCUUUUUUAGAAAGCAAACCACUCCAGCACAGGGUUAAACGGGACGGAAGAGGAUUUUUGUCCUCUCUCACUAGUAGAGUGAUAGAAUAACCAUCCCAGACUGUGAGUUUCUGAAAGUCAAGUCUUAGCGCUAUUUGUUGUUUUUUUUUAAAAGACACAUAUUCACAAAAUAUUUUAUGAACGGUAAUGAGAUUGCCUGAAAAAACAACAACAAACCUUUGUAUCAUAACUUUACACCUACAGAAUAUCUCAGAGUUCAGCGUUACAAACUGGCUCGGAGUGAAGAUCCAAAGGAAUCCACCUCCGUGGAAGGUUAACUGAGGAUAGUUGGUCAGCAAUCAGGAAAUCUUUGGCUGAUGUGGGUUUUCAUACAUGACUUCUAUUUUCUAAAUGGCAAUUCUAUGCAAAUUCUUACUGUUAAAAAAAUUAUAGAAGAAAAAGAAUCAAGGCAACCACAAUUUGAAAUCAAAU